GUCACGACUAUAACCGAUUAGUGUCGAAUCGACCAGCAGUUGAGACUAGCACUCGCCCAGUUAACGUUUUAUUAAACAUUUCCUGCUGUUUAUUUGCUUGGAUACUGAUACAACGAAAGUAUUUAAAAAAUAAUAAUAAAGUGAUGAUGCUGUGAAGAAUCGAUAACGCCAGUCUUCCUCGAAACGCAUGUGUGUGUUAGUUAUGGACAGUGGAAUAAAAGGAGUAGCUGUGGGGUUUGCAUUACGUUAAGCGGCGCUAAUCAGGUAGUAAUUCAACAGAGGUGAUAAUAAACAACAGGCUUUACAUAAAUCAGAUACACUUUACAAAGUGAACAAAGAUCGUUAGACAUUUGCAGGGACAGGAAAUAGCAAGAUAAUGCCCACAACGAUACAUGAAAAUAUUGCUCUUUUAAACAUGAUGUCAUCAGACAACUUAGAAGAUGAUCUGAAAAGUGUUCAGCUUCAUUUUCCAUCAGAAAGAAGACUUCAGAGCGACGGCGCAUGCGUAGAAGAGAGGGUGAGGACUUCCCGCGGAGACAUCCUAGUGGCGGUCCGGGGGGAUCGUAACAAGCGCGCAAUAAUAACUUACCAUGACCUCGGCCUCAAUUAUGCAGCUAACUUCCAGGCAUUUUUCAAUUUCGUAGAUAUGAGAUCAAUAUUGGACCAAUUUUGCAUUUACCACAUCAAUGCACCCGGUCAGGAGGAGGGGGCUCCGACUCUGCCUGAAGAUUUCUCUUAUCCCUCAAUGGACGCCCUGGCAUCUCAAAUAGAUUUCGUUCUCGGACAUUUUGGUAUAAGGUCCUUCAUCGGUUUCGGUGUGGGCGCUGGCGCUAACAUAUUAGCUCGCUAUGCACUUGUAAGUCCUCAAAAAGUCGAUGCUUUAGUAUUGAUAAAUUGUACGUCUACACAGGCUGGCUGGACUGAAUGGCUGUAUCAAAAGAUUAACACACGACAGCUGAGGUCCAGCGGAAUGACACAGGGUGCAGUUGAUUAUCUAAUGUGGCACCAUUUCGGUCGUAGCACUGACGAUCGAAAUCAUGACCUCUCACAUGUAUACAAAGAGUGCUUUUCGCAUGUCAAUUCCGUUAACCUGUCAAUGUUCAUCGAUUCCUACUUGCGUCGUUCUGAUUUAGGAAUAGCUAGAGAUAGCAACACCGUAAAGGUUCCAGUUUUGAAUGUGACCGGAGCUCUUUCUCCUCAUGUUGAAGAUACGGUUACAUUUAACGGGCGGCUGGAGCCGGCUAAGACGUCUUGGCUGAGUAUUUCUGAUUGUGGUAUGGUUUUGGAGGAGCAGCCAAGUAAGAUAGCGGAAGCGUUCCGUCUUUUCCUCCAGGGGGAGGGUUACUGCAGGUAGUCAUCUUGCAUACAGACAACGAUAAAUGCAACGCUGCUAUAUAGUAGAGUGCACUUGAUGCUUAUUUACACGCGAGCUUUUACAACACAGUUGUUGUAGACGUUUAAAAGUAGAUGAAAAUUGUUAACCCUUAUUUUAGUUAUAAUGGGAAUAAAAAUUAUUUUGUGGCUUAAA